GAAUCUUCAGAGGAGUUUCACGAAGAUUGCAUUACGUCUACGAUUAGGCGUAGUGCAGAUCGCAUGUUUUGGAGAUGUUUUUCUUGGAUUGAUUUGGUUAAACACAUGCCAGAAAAAUUGAAAAACGUUAACUUUCAAGAGGAUAACGCGCCUGUUCGCACCGCGAAAUUUUCAUGUUUCUUUCUCACCUCCUCAAACUUAGAGCUGCUCCCCUGGUUGGCCCAAAGUCCUGCUCUUAACCCUAUUGAGAAUAUUUGGUCAUUUAUUGAGGUUAAGCCCUCAAGAAUUGUGCAAUUGGAAAGGUGGGUUAAAGAGGAAUGGGAUGCGAUACCGGAGAAUUAUUAUCGAAAUUUAAUUAAAUCUAUACCACGGAGAGUUCAAGCUGUUAUUGCAGCGAAUGAGGGUCAAACGAAAUACUAG